AUGUUCUUUACUCUUUCUUUCUUUCUUUCUUUCUUUCUCCUGUUUUCUUUCUUAUUUUCUCGUUUCUAUUUUUUCUAUUUCUUUUUCCUGAAUUCAUCACUUUCUCAUUCAUUUUCUUCUACUCCAUUAUUCUAUGUAUUUCUGCAGUUUUCCGUCUUUUCUUCCCUAUUUCGGUUUCUCGAAUCCAUCAAUUUCUCAUUCACUAUCUUCUAUUCCAUUAUUUUUUCUAUAUAUUACCAUUUUUUCUUCUUCCAUUUCUUUUGUUUUCCAAAUCCCUCAUUUUCCCAUUCACUCACAACCAUUUUAUUAUUAUUCCAUGUUUUUGUCGUUUUUCUUCUUUUGUCAUUUUAUUUUUUCCGAAGAUAUUCUUUUCCUGAUCACUUUUCUUUUCUCUGUUUUUUUUCUUCUUCUUUUCCCUUUUUCUUUAGUUUUUCCAUUUAUUCAUUCCGAAUUCUUUACCUUUUUUCUUUUUCGAUUGCUUUUUUGCCCGAAUUCAUCAUUUUACUCUCUCUUCUCUUCUUUUAUCUCUCUAUUCUUUUACUAUUUAAUUUAUUCUUUAUUUCCUUUUCGAAUUCAACACUUUCUUAUUCACUCUUUUCUUUUUCCAUUUGUUCUCCUUUUAUCUCUUUUGCUUCCCUUUUCAGUUUCUUAAUCCUGCGUAAAUCACAUUAUCCUUUCUUUCUACAUCUUCUUAUUCACUCUCUUCUUUUCCUCUCCUUUUUCCUCCUUAUUCUUUUUAUUUACUUUUCUUUCUUUUCCGCCUUGUUUCUGAUUCACUUUUUCUAUCGUUAUUCUCUUUUUUGCCUCCUUUUCUAUUUGAUAUAUGCUUUACAUCUUCUCAUUUGUCUCUCUACUUUUACUUCCGGAAUUUCCCUUCUCUCUUUUCCCUCUCUCCCUACUCUCUCUAUUCCCCUUACUAUUCUCUUUUCCUUCUUUUUUUUUCUUUCGCUCCAUCGGAAGCCAUUGCUGGCAUCUUGCUUAAAGGACCUAACGAACGCAUUGAAUUAA